AUGAAGUCCGUCGUCGCUUCCAUCGGCAUGCUUGCCGCCGUUGCCAACGCCUACAACUUCCCCCACCACGCCCACUACCGCCGCGACAACGGUACCGACACCCAGACCACUCUGACCGUCAAGACCACUGUCGUCGAGACCAUCACCAGCUGCGCUCCUACCGUCACCAACUGCCCUGCUCGUGACCACACUGCCAUUGCUCAGCUCCCUGAGUCCGACAAGGUCACCUACGUUGAGACUAACACCGUUAUCCUCACUGAGGUUGUCUGCCCCGUCGCUGACGCCAGCUCUAUCUACACCUCUGUCCUCCACGAUGCUGAGACCGGUGGUGUAACUGGCAAGACCCUCACUGCCCCUUACACCGCUUCCGUCCCCAUGACCACUGGCGGUGCUUACCCUCCCCCUAAGGAGGGCGACAAGACAGUCGUUUCCGACUACACCACCGAGCAGGUUGUCACUCUUACCCAGGGUGACGAGACCAUCACCACCACCGUCCACAAGACUCUCCAGACCACCAUCACCGUCCCUGCUGGCCCUCAGGUCACCGAUGACGGCUCUAAGGGCAACGGUACCCCCGAGGAUGAUACCACCACUACCACUACCAAGACCAAGACUGGCACCGUCACCAAGACCAUUGAGCGCGUCGGUGAGACCAAGCCUGCUUCGGGCGGUGACAACGGCUACAGCACCGGCAAGAGUGAGGAGGAGGGUUCCAAGGGUACUGGCAAUGGAUCCAACAACGGCGGCUCUGGCUCUGGCAAUGGUAACGGCGAGUGUGUCCCUGAGACAGUCACAGUCACCGCCCCUGCCUCCACUGUCUAUGUCACUGUUGUCCCUGAGGCCAGCAAGACUGGUAGCUCUGAUGAUGCUACCGUCACCGACAAGGCUGUCCAUGGUGAUGACUCUGAGGACGACGAUGACGAGGAGGAGUUCUGCGACACCACCACCACCCUCGAGGCUACUGUUACCGUUGUCCCUUACCCUGUCAACGACACUGCCACUGGUGGCUACGCCAAGCCCACUGGCUUCUCCCGCCGUCUCCGAUAA